UUUCCUCCCCCCAGUGGACAUGACUCUUUUUUGAUAUUUCUCUCUUCCUCUCACAAAGACUCCAUGUCUCGAAGAGAGUAAUUUCCCCCAACUUUUCCCCGCACGACCCCAACUGCACGUGAAUGCUUCUGCAAAAGCAACACCCCCAUUUUUUUUCCUUUCCUGCACCAAAGUCGACCCUAGUGUACUUUUAUUUGGCUUUUGUCAGCUGUAGCUUAUUUAUUUUGUGGGCAUUGCAGUUCAUGCUUGAGUAAACUUUUUUUUUUUUUUUUAGCUCUCUUGCUGUGGGAGAGCUUCUUUGAGACAUAUUUUAUUGUGCAGUUAUUUAUUCCAAUGAAUUCCUGGCUUACGCAUACACUACCUGAUCCCUUUUUACUGGGAAGGACAAUGAGCCUGAAUAGUUUUCUUUGUUUUCCAGACUAGAAGGGGAUUUCUGUGACCCAUUAAUGAUCCUCGGCUCUCCAUAAAUUCAUCCCUCUCCCCAUUCCAAGCAGUUCUCUUGAUCCUGUGUCUCUCCUAACACUUCCUUCUAAUCUCAAACAAGGGUUUUAUUCUCUAUUUUUUAUAGCGAGAGAGGCCCUUCCCUUCUGUUUCUCUCGUCUCCCCCCCCACCUCCAAAUUUAUUUUAAUCUUCACUCAUGCUUCAUGUAGCAGCUUUCUUGAUCCAACAGGAGCUUGGUCUCUUUACACCAUUGCUUGUAGGGAGAAGGCCUGGAAAACGGGAGAGCUUUUUUCUUUCCAGGAGGGGUGGGAAGCAAAAGAUAGGAGGCAAAGGUGAGUUCUGUUCCUAAGUAAUGACUCCAAAGGACCCAUGAGAAGGGAAGAAGGAGCUCCUCCUUUGACAGACACCCAUCUCACUUGCUUGGCUAUGGAGUGUGUGCAGGUUUCACCUGUGCAGCAACAACGGAAAGCUGCCGAGGGGGACCAUCUGCUGCUGCUCCUGCCCACUCCUGCUGUGCAGAAGGAAGAGGAGACCAUUUUGGGGGGCUCUGACACCUGGGCUGCUUCCCAAGUGGACAAUAACCAAGAUGGCAUGAAACGUCAAGACACUAAGGAUUUUUCAGAAUGUUCUAAAAGUACAGAGACCCUUCACUCCCAGCAUCACCAACCUUAUGUCAGAGAUACUGUAGAGCGUUGUACUACCUGUUCUUUAAAGGACAAUCUGAAAGAGACUGAGAGUUGUGAUGGGGCAGAGAAGCACUUGCAACCAUUGGAGACUGUGAACCAUCUGCUUCAGGAACGGUCAUUGGUAAAUGAAGUGGCUGAUGGUAACACCUUUUUGGUUGCAGAACCUCUUGUGACUACUCAAGAAUGCCUUAGGGACAAUGAACAGUCUGCUGAGAGUAACCAUUUGCAAGACAAGGCUGAUUCCCCUUCUCAGGACUGCUGUUUAAGCUUGGAAGCAGCAAGUGGAGACACUCCAGCAGAUGAACUAUUAAGCCAGGGUUCUCCACCUGGUGAUGAUGGGAAGCUCAAGCCUGGGGCAAAGCAUGUCACUUUCCCUUCUGAUGAAGACAUAGUGUCUGGUGCUGUUGAGCCUAAAGACCCUUGGCGGCAUGCUCAGAAUGUGACCGUGGAAGAAAUUCUCACGGCCUACAAGCAAGCCUGUCAAAAGUUAAAUUGCAAACAGAUACCCAAACUACUGAAGCAGAUCCAGGAAUUUAAAGAUCUAACCCCCAGGAUAGAUUGCCUGGAUCUAAAAGGUGAGAAAUUAGACUACAAGGCUUGUGAGGCUCUGGAAGAGAUUUUUAAGCGCCUCCAAUUCAAAAUUGUGGAUUUGGAGCAAACCAACCUUGAUGAAGAUGGUGCCUCAGCACUGUUUGAUAUGAUUGAAUACUAUGAGUCAGCCACACACCUCAACAUCUCGUUUAACAAACACAUUGGCACCCGAGGUUGGCAGGCAGCUGCGCACAUGAUGAGGAAGACAAACUGCCUCCAGUAUGUGGAUGCCCGCAACACGCCUCUGCUGGAUCAUUCGGCCCCAUUUGUGGCCCGCGCCUUGCGCAUCAGCAACAGCCUGGUCGUCUUACACCUGGAGAAUGCUAGUCUGUCUGGUCGUCCCCUCAUGUUACUGGCGACGGCUCUGAAAAUGAACAUGAACUUGCGGGAACUUUACCUGGCUGAUAAUAAACUGAACAGCCUCCAAGACUCGGCUCAGCUCGGCAACCUCUUGAAGUUCAAUUGUUACAUACAGAUCCUGGAUCUCAGGAACAACCAUGUUCUGGACUCGGGAUUGGCCUAUAUCUGUGAAGGGCUGAAAGAGCAGCGGAAAGGCCUCGUCACACUGGUGCUGUGGAAUAAUCAGCUGACUCACACCGGCAUGGCGUAUAUGGGGAUGACGCUGCCACACACCCAGAGUCUUGAGACCCUGAAUUUGGGACACAACCCAAUUGGCAACGAAGGUGUCCGCAACCUGAAGAACGGGCUCAUCAGUAACCGCUCAGUGCUACGGUUGGGCUUGGCUUCGACCAAACUGACUUGUGAAGGUGCUGUGGCUGUGGCAGAAUUCAUUGCAGAGAGUCCUCGUCUGCUUCGGCUGGACCUGCGAGAAAAUGAGAUCAAGACGGGGGGACUGAUGGCCUUGUCCUUGGCUCUGAAGGUCAAUCAUUCUUUGCUCAGGCUGGACCUUGACCGGGAGCCCAAAAAGGAAUCGGUGAAGAGUUUUCUUGAGACGCAGAAAGCUCUCCUGACAGAGAUCCAGAAUGGCUGCAAGCGCAACUUUGUUCUGGCCAAAGAGAAGGAAGAGAAGGAGCAGAAGCUCCAGCAGUCGGCCUCCAUGCCUGAAAUCAUGGUCACAGAACCCCUGGAGGAGGAGCGGGUGGAGGAUGACGGGCAGAAUGGUGAUGUGGUAUCCAGUCUGGAGGAAGCAGAGGAAGUAGGGGAAGCCCUGAUUUCCCAUGAGAAUGGAGCAGCAGAGAAGAAUGUGGCAGGUGGCAACAACAAUCUGUCCGAUUCCGAUUCAGACACUGAAGAGGAGGUGGAAGAGGAGGAGACAUUGCAAAUGAAGAAUCUCUCUCCAUCAGAACAGCCCAGCAAGCCCAACCACACUGAAGGAGCUCCCAGGGUGUGUUCCGUCGAUAAGAGCAGGAACAUCCUUGGAGCUGAAGACAAGGCUUCCCCCUUGAACACUACAGAAGAAAUAAAAUGUGAAUCUCGAAUAGGAGCCACAAGCAGUUCGCCAGUACAGAUCAGUUCUCCUGGAAAUGAGAAACGGAUAUCUGUUUCUAGUCCUGGGCGAGGCCAUAAAAUCUUUGUAGUGACGCGAGUAGAGAGCUUGCCGGAGAAGGAGGAGGAGAGAGCCCAGCAGAACAUUGGCCCCGCAGCUCUGUCUGUGCCUCCAUCAAAGCAGGUGGACUCUUUGCCCUCAGAUCAGCCCAUAAAGACUGAAUGCUCAAAACAAGAGACCAGGGAGACUGUGACUGAACCAACAGCCAGCUUGGAAAGUUCUCACCUCACACCCAGUUCCCAUUUGGGCACAGAAAAAAUGAACUCUGGGUCAUGUGAGGGCACUGUCCACCUUGCUCUGCUUCCUAAUGGGAUAAAGACGGAGUUUCUUCAUGUGCUACCGGACACACCUUUAGGAUAUGACGGGAAAAUUGCCAGCUGUGCUGUGGAGCAUGAGCUGAACUGUUCCAAAAAUGAGAAGGAGCUGGAGGAGUUACUCUUGGAAGCAAGCCUAGAGAUGGGACAGGAACCAAUGUGACACUUUAGUUCUGGGCUGUUGCUGAUCAGACGGAUUGCAUUUGGGAAGCACUUGUCUAGCUUUACUUCCUGCCUCCACCGUGUGAUCCCAAAGAAACAAAGUGGACACUGAGAUACCGGGGCAAUUGGAUGCCUUGUCCCUUCCCAAAGAGCUUUGUUUCCAAAUGCAGCCCCCCCCUUUUUUUUGGCAUUCUCGAUGUCUUCCUCUGAGAAGAGAUGCGCAGUCUAGCAGGAGCGAUCCAGGAAACUAGCAAAGGGAGACCUCAACCUGGAGAAGAGCUUCCGUACUUGAGUCAUAGGAUGAACUCUUGAUGCUGGACUGCUUCAAUUUCUCCCUCUGGAACACUAGCCAAGGGCACUUGCAAUGUUUCCCCCUUUUCCUUUCUGGAAUGACCCUGGCAAGUCAACUCUGCAAGGAGAUUUAACUUGUAGGCUCUGGAUGUUAACAGGCUGCGAUCGUCUGUCCAAAGGGGAGAGUUUAAAAAAAAAAAAAGCAAAACCCUGAAGACCAAUAAGGUCCUGCAUUUUGGCUUUUUGCGCAGUGCAGAUGUGACCCGUCUCGGCCAGCGACGUUUUCAAAGAAGGCUGAGGAGGGAGAUGUGACAAUAUUGAGUCAAGGUGGCAAACUUGUCAUGUCACAGCCCCAUGCUGGAAAAAACUUUUCUCGCCUAAAGCAAGACUAUUCAGGCUGUUAAUUCACAGCACAGACUACUAUUUAUUUUUGUUUUUAUUCAUAUAUAUAUAUAUAUGUAUAUGUAUAUAUAUAUAUGAAUAUAUAAAUUCAUAUAUCUAUAUAUAUACACACACGCAUUCAUAUCUUUUUUCCUUCCUUUGUUGUGUCUCCAUGUUCGUUCUAUUUUUUGUUUGGUGUCUAUUUAUAGUGGAAUGGGAAUGCUCUUCCCGUUAAUCUGCAUCCCUUUCUGAGUGACUCGGCUGCCUCCCUGCUCUUUCCGCUCGUUAAAAGAAGAAGAAAUCCCUUAUGGAAGCUCUCCUCUGGGGCCCCGUGGAGCAUUUGCCACCAGCUGAGGACAUGUUGUGCAUCAAGCGGGGGGGAGGGAUUCCUCUCCCUCCAUUGCCCACGAAUGUGAAUGCUGCCACUGUUCCACCUACUUUGGCUUCUUCUGUUUAUUGGGAAAAGGAUCAGGUUGUUCCAUCUCCAGGGUGUUCCUUUGCAAGCCGUACGGGGCUGAACUUGGGGACAAUGGCGUAGGAAACUCUUCGGUGGACUGUAAAACUUGGAAGGAGCCGUGUAUUGCAAAAGGGCAGGGGGUGCUUACCCCAUGUGAGGAAACUGACACGAGAAUCUUUUUACGGAUGCUGCUGGGUUCAGGGUAAUUUAACACCCCCUUCCCCAUUUUUUCCCCAACUUAUUGCAUCUCUUCACGUUGCAGGCCUUUCCACAUUGCUUCAUACAUGUGGAUGAGGAGGUAACAGCCGUGGUAGAAAGUUAGCUGCUCCUGAUCUGGGCCUUAUGGAGUCCCAGAAUUGCUCUUCUCCCACAGCAACAGUGAAUCCCUCCCAGCCGAACCGUGCUUUUCUCAGCGUUCGGCCAGAAAAGGGGGAUGCUAAAGACUUGGUGAACCAGGUGAGGUGGGAAUCUCUUCCCAUGUGCAGGGAAGAGGAAAUCUGCAGGGAGCCCUUGUCUGGGGUGCUACAAGAUUUCGGCGCAAAAGGAGGAGAAGGAACAGAUUGCUGUAGAAAGCGUUGUGGGGGAGGGUUGACUAUUUCUCAGGGAAGGGCUUUUUGAAGAAUCCCUCCCCCCAAUAUGGUGUCCUCGAGAGGAGCCAGAAUACCAAGGCUUGUGCACACUCGCAUGUUCUCUCUCUCUCUUCCAUAAUCCCCUUGUUGGAACCUAGUAAGAGAAGAGAAAUCCAAUGGUGAUGAGAAGCUGCAGACGUUCAGGUGGAUGUGGUCUCACAGGUAAUCCCCCAAACUGAGCUCCGCCCACGCAUCGAGCCACAAAGACUGAUUGGUGCUCGCAGAUGGUGAGCAGGCACCCUGAUGUGGUGAGAUCUGUGUUGGCAGAAGGGGUUGCAACAGGCCAAAGUCCAUGUGGUUGGAAAUCAAGCGAUGGGAAGCAGAGGCAUUCUUUGGAGGCCGUGUUCAGCGUCCUCCAAAAUCUUUUCCCAUAUGUGAAAAACUUCCCCAAACCGACUGCACCUCCAUCGGAACAGCUCAUGUGAAAGAAAUGGAUAGGAAGGAAAGUUCUCCCCCCGCCAGAUAAUGGGACUACUCUGCCCUUAUCAGCCAUCACGCAAAAUCUGCAAGAGUUUUUAUGGUACUCUAAUGAAGCAGAAAUGAAAGGAAUGUUUUUCCCUCUUAAUCCCCCCACUCCCCCCAAAAUACCUUUUUUUUUGUACAAGAUUGACUGGAGGACAUGCCUUCCUGCAAAAGAGGGGAGGGCCGGCUACGGAGCUGGUGCAGAACUUUAAAAGCUUUUUACUUCAUUUUUAAAUUUUGUUUGUUUUGUUUGUUUUUCUUAAGUGCAAUGGAAUCUUAUCAGGGAGCAUGAAAAUGGCACUUUUUGCUGCGUAGAAUUUCAGGCUGGAGAGGCAGACACAAAAGGUUUUGUGUGCCCUUCACCCUCUUGACCAUGACACUCUCGUACACUCAAGCGCACACGCACAUGCACAAUCACACGCACGCUUAUCUGUAAAUGGAGUAUUAAUGCAGCCCCCCCAAAAAAAUUCCUGUCAAUGAAGCUUUCGCUGCAUUAACCCUCCA